AUGCAGUUUAAUGUAAGCGUCGUUACACAAGACGGAGAUGUUGGGAUCCGAUACCCUCUUCUCCUUCCAGAACACUCAAGCAAGCGGAACACUCAAGCAAGCGGAACACUCAAGCAAGCGGAACACUCAAGCAAGCGGAACACUCAAGCAAGCGGAACACUCAAGCAAGCUGAACACUCAAGCAAGCAGAACACUCAAGCAAGCAGAACACUCAAGCAAGCAGAACACUCAAGCAAGCGGAACACUCAAGCAAGCGGAACACUCAAGCAAGCGGAACACUCAAGCAAGCGGAACACUCAAGCAAGCGGAACACUCAAGCAAGCGGAACACUCAAGCAAGCAGAACACUCAAGUAAGCGGAACACUCAAGCAAGCGGAACACUCAAGCAAGCGGAACACUCAAGCAAGCGGAACACCCAAGCAAGCGGAACAAUCAAGCAAGCGGAACACUCAAGCAAGCGGAACACUCAAGCAAGCGGAACACUCAAGCAAGCAGAACACUCUAGCAAGCGGAACACUCAAGCAAGCGGAACACUCAAGCAAGCAGAACACUCAAGCAAGCGGAACACUCAAGCAAGCAGAACACUCAAGCAAGCUGAACACUCAAGCAAGCGGAACACUCAAGCAAGCUGAACACUCAAGCAAGCAGAACACUCAAGCAAGCGGAACACUCAAGCAAGCAGAACACUCAAGCAAGCAGAACACUCAAGCAAGCGGAACACUCAAGCAAGCAGAACACUCAAGCAAGCUGAACACUCAAGCAAGCAGAACACUCAAGCAAGCUGAACACUCAAGCAAGCAGAACACUCAAGCAAGCAGAACACUCAAGCAAGCUGAACACUCAAGCAAGCAGAACACUCAACAAGCAGAACACUCAAGCAAGCAGAACACUCAAGCAAGCAGAACAUCCAAGCAAGCAGAACACUCAAGCAAGCGGAACACUCAAGCAAGCGGAACACUCAAGCAAGCGGAACACUCAAGCAAGCAGAACACUCAAGCAAGCAGAACACCCAAGCAAGCAGAACACCCAAGCAAGCAGAACACUCAAGCAAGCAGAACACCCAAGCAAGCAGAACUCUCAAGCAAGCAGAACACUCAAGCAAGCAGAACACCCAAGCAAGGAGAACACCCAAGCAAGCAGAACUCCCAAGCAAGCAGAACACUCAAGCAAGCAGAACACUCAAAAGCCGCUACCGACCGCCUCGGUGCCUCUGGGGCUUCUUGUACGCCCGUGACGAAAGCCCGUAAGGGAUUUGGCACCCUGAGAACCGCCCAGGGAGGGAGGACGAUAGGGACCGCCCAUACCUACAACCACUCACCUAGAGAACCGCCCACCAAGAGAACCGCCCACCCAGAGAACCGCCUACCCAGAGAACCGCCUACCCAGAGAACUGCCCGCCCAGAGAACCGCCCACCAAGAGAACCGCCCACCCAGGGAACCGCCCACCAAGAGAACCGCCCACCCAGAGAACCGCCCACCCAGAGAACCGCCCACCCAGAGAACCGCCCACCCAGAGAACCGCCCACCCAGAGAACCCGCCCACCAAGAGAACCGCCCACCCAGAGAACUGCCCACCCAGAGAACCGCCCACCCAGAGAACCACCCACCAAGAGAACCGCCCACCCAGAGAACCGCCCACCCAGAGAACCGCCCACCCAGAGAACCGCCCACCAAGAGAACCGCUCACCCAGAGAACCGCCCACCCAGAGAACCGCCCACCAAGAGAACCGCCCACCCAGAGAACCGCCCCCCAGAGAACCGCCCACCCAGAGAACCGCCCACCAAGAGAACGCCCACCCAGAGAACCGCCCACCCAGAGAGGCCGCCCACCAAGAGAACCGCCCACCCAGAGAAACGCCCACCCAGAGACCCGCCCGCCCAGAGAACCGCCCACCCAGAGAACCGCCCACCCAGAGAACCGCCCACCCAGAGAACCGCCCACCAAGAGAACCGCCCACCAAGAGAACCGCCCACCAGAGAACCGCCCCACCAGAGAACCGCCCACCCAGAGAACCGCCACCAAGAGAACCGCCACCCCAAGAGAACCGCCCACCCAGAAACCGCCCACCAAGAGAUCCGCCCACCCAGAGAACCGCCCAUCCAGAGAUCCGCCCACCAAGAGAUCCGCCCACCAAGAGAACCGCCCACCAAGAGAUCCGCCCACCAAGAGAACCGCCCACCAAGAGAACCGCCCACCAAGAGAACCGCCCACCAAGAGAACCGCCUACCCAGAGAACCGCCCACCAAGAGAACCGCCCACCCAGAGAACCGCCCACCCAGAGAACCGCCCACCCAGAGAACCGCCCACUAAGAGAACCGCCUACCCAGAGAACCGCCCACCAAGAGAACCGCCCAGCCAGAAAACCGGCCAUCCAGAGAACCGCCUACCCAGAGAACCGCCUACCCAGAGAACCGCCCACCCAGAGAACCGCCCAUCCAGAGAACCGCCCACCCAGAGAACCGCCCACCCAGAGAUCCGCCCACCAAGAGAACCGCCCACCAAGAGAUCCGCCCACCCAGAGAACCGCCCACCCAGAGAACCGCCCACCCAGAGAACCGCCCAUCCAGAGAACCGCCCACCCAGAGAACCGCCCACCAAGAGAACCGCCCAUCCAGAGAACCGCCCACCCAGAGAACCGCCCACCAAGAGAACCGCCCACCAAGAGAACCGCCCACCAAGAGAACCGCCUACCCAGAGAACCGCCCACCAAGAGAACCGCCCACCCAGAGAACCGCCCACCCAGAGAACCGCCCACCAAGAGAAAACCGCCCACCAAGAGAACCGCCCACCAAGAGAACGCCCACCCAGGAACCGCCACCCAAGAGAAACCGCCCCCCAGAGAACCGCCCAUCCAGAGAACCGCCCACCAAGAGAACCACCCACCCAGAGAACCGCCCACCCAGAGAACCGCCCACCAAGAGAACCGCCCACCCACCCAGAACCGCCCACCAAGAGAACCGCCCACCAAGAGAACCGCCCACCCAGAGAACCGCCCACCAGAGAACCGCCCACAAAGAGAACCGCCCACCAAGAGAACCGCCCACCCAGAGAACCGCCCAUCCAGAGAACCGCCCACCAAGAGAACCGCCCACCAAGAGAACCGCCCACCAAGAGAACCGCCCACCAAGAGAACCGCCCACCAAGAGAACCGCCCACCCAGAGAACCGCCCACCAAGAGAACCGCCCACCAAGAGAACCGCCCACCCAGAGAACCACUCACCCAGAGAACCGCCCACCAAGAGAACCGCCCAUCCAGAGAACCGUCCUGGCAACGGCGUGGCGAGGGAAGGGACGCGCGGUUAACUUUGGUGGUCGGGGGAUUACGCAUAUCCCCUGAUGCAACAUUUGCAAUAUCCAAGAUGGGACAUAAUGCCAUGGACGUCAAUAAUGCAUACUUCUUCAUACCUCAAAAUUCUAAAAUUCGGCUGAUGAAGAAAUACACUUGCCAUUGA